AGCUCCCGGAACGCUCUGCGCGCGCCUUCGGGGAGGAAGGGCUGCCUGGGCUCGCGGCGCGGCUACAGCCUGCUCUCUGUUCCGGGUCUCAACCUCUCCUCUGGCCGAGUCCCCGCAGGAAGCGGAUUACCCGACGCUGCAAAACACUAUUUUGGAGUUUAAAGUAUGUCAUCAUGGCAAAGUUUCGGAGAAGGACUUGCAUCAUUUUGGCACUUUUUAUUCUAUUUAUUUUCUCUCUGAUGAUGGGUUUAAAAAUGCUGAGACCAAAUACAGCUACUUUUGGAGCUCCUUUUGGACUUGACCUUCUUCCAGAACUUCAUCAACGAACUAUUCAUUUGGGGAAAAGUUUUGAUUUCCGAAAGAGGGACAGAAUCAACAGUGAAACAAAUACCAAGAAUUUAAAAAGUGUUGAAAUCACUAUGAAACCUUCCAAAGCCCCUGAACUUAACUUGGAAGAACUACCACCUCUGAAUAAUUAUCUACAUGUAUUUUAUUACAGUUGGUAUGGAAAUCCACAAUUCGAUGGUAAAUAUAUACAUUGGAAUCAUCCAGUGUUGGAGCACUGGGACCCUAGAAUAGCCAAGAAUUAUCCACAAGGGAGACACAACCCUCCAGAUGACAUUGGCUCCAGCUUUUAUCCUGAAUUGGGAAGUUACAGUUCUCGGGAUCCUUCUGUUACAGAAACUCACAUGAGACAAAUGCGCUCAGCUUCAAUUGGUGUACUAGCCCUCUCUUGGUACCCACCUGAUGUAAAUGAUGAAAAUGGAGAACCUACUGAUAACUUGGUACCCACUAUUUUGGAUAAAGCUCAUAAAUAUAACCUGAAGGUUACUUUUCACAUAGAACCAUAUAGCAAUCGAGAUGAUCAAAACAUGUACCAAAAUGUCAAGUAUAUUAUAGACAAAUAUGGAAAUCAUCCAGCCUUUUACAGGUACAAGACGAAGACCGGCAAUGCUCUUCCUAUGUUUUAUGUCUAUGAUUCCUAUAUUACCAAACCUGAAAAAUGGGCCAAUCUGUUAACCACCUCAGGGUCUCGGAGUAUUCGCAAUUCUCCUUAUGAUGGAUUGUUUAUUGCCCUUCUAGUUGAAGAAAAACAUAAGUAUGAUAUUCUUCAAAGUGGUUUUGAUGGAAUUUACACAUAUUUUGCCACAAAUGGCUUUACUUAUGGCUCAUCACAUCAGAAUUGGGCUAGCCUAAAAGUAUUUUGUGAUAAAUACAACUUAAUAUUUAUCCCAAGUGUGGGCCCAGGAUACAUAGAUACCAGCAUCCGUCCAUGGAACACGCAAAACACUCGGAACCGGAUCAAUGGGAAGUAUUAUGAAAUUGCUCUGAGUGCCGCACUUCAGACACACCCCAGCUUAAUUUCUAUCACCUCUUUUAAUGAGUGGCAUGAAGGAACUCAGAUUGAAAAAGCUGUUCCCAAAAGAACCAGUAAUACAGUGUACCUAGAUUACCGUCCUCAUAAACCAGGUCUUUACCUAGAACUGACUCGCAAGUGGUCUGAAAAAUACAGAAAGGAAAGAACAACUUAUACAUUAGAUCACCAGCUGCCUGUUUCUUAAUGCAUUAAUUAAAGUUUAAUAGUUAUAAAAAUCACCUAAUUUUUAAAAAUAGCUUUCGUUUUGCGUUAUGGAAAGAAAACUGUCAAAACCAGUAUAUGCUAGUAGUUAUAUUUAAAAAUACAUUUUAAAAAUUCUUACAGAUAAUAUUAUAAUUGUUACCCUUCACAAUACCACAUGAGAAAAUAUCUGAGACAAAAUGUAUACAAAUAUAUUCCUUAUGGCAUAAUUUACUGCAUUUCUGACUGAAAUCAAAAUUCUGAUUUGAUGGCAAUUGAAUUUUCAUUUUACGAUAGAUAAAUGCUUGUGUUACCUAAAGCACUUAGCACACAGUUAAAUUAUACUGACAUCCUAGACCCAAAGAAAUAGGGUUGUGUGUAUAUUUGGGAUAUCUAU